AUGCCUGGAGAGCUUUACAAUGGCUCCACGAGAAAAGGAGAAGCCGGCUGGACCGGACUGAGUUCUGCGGAUCGAUUUCCAAGAGCAGGUUGGGGGGCGGGAGCGAGCAGCCCGAGCGAGCGCAGGUCUCCCCCUGGGCCGGCCGAACAGAAACAGCCGAGCCCCAUUAACCCGCGGCUCCCUCCGCCUCCAGCAUCCACCCCCGGACUGGAGGCGCAAAGCAAACAGGUCUCCGAAGCUGGGCACAGAGGCACAUUGUUCGCUCCUGCGGCUCUUACCUCCGUCUGCGAGCGCGCCCCGGGGGAGGGCCGUCUGGCGCGGGGGCCGCGCGGGGACAGGCGCGGAGGGCAGCGGCGACCCCGGCCGGAGAGGGCCGAGGCCGGCCGCGAGCGGGUCUUCGGCCGCCGAGUCCGCGCGGGAAGCAGCGCCGCGGCUCCCCGGCCGGACACGGCGCCGCGGCUCGGCGCGUCCUCCUGCUCGGCCGCCGCCGCCUCCAGCCGAGCAGCCAGCGCCGGGCGGCUCCUGGGGUUAAGUCAACAUUUUCCCGCAGUUUCCCACACGCCGCUCUUCGAGAGAGGUCUUUCACACACACGCACACACCCCCAGACCGCACGCUCCCUUAGGAAAAAAAAAAUCGGGAAUCAGAGCGAAAGGGGUGGUGGAGGCAAAAGCCUGACAGAGGUGCGCAGACUUGGGAGUCCCUUCGAAGCGUCGGGCGGGCGCCGGCGGCGCGAGGCCAACUCAGUUUGUCAGGCGAAGCCCCUCAGCCCCCCGAGCGCCGGGCCGGAAAGGCAUCCCUCGCGCCGACCCUGCGGCCUGGGGCGGGAGGCGGCGGCGACCCCUCCUCACAUUUCGGAUCUCCGGCCGGGGCUGAGCGGUGGCUGCUGCCCCAAGGAAGGCUGGCGGCGCAGACUCGGGCUCGGGGAAGGAAGGAGGAGCCGGGAAGAGCCACGCUACACACAGCAGCGGAGGGGAGAUGCCCCCCAACAAUCCCAAGGAAUUCUCUGUUUCUUUAGGUUUCUCUGGACAGCAGCUUAUACAUUGAAGCUGACUCUUCACAAUGUGGUAAUGAACCCUUGGUUGCAGUGACCUUACAAUGUCAAGGGAGCUCAGAUACUACCUCAUGCACCAGC